CCCCUUUGUAUCGAAAUUCUACUUUGUCACUUCAAGGUUACAGUUUCUCUGCAAAUUUUCUAUAGAAAUGGCAGCGUCUGCAGCUUCAAGCUUUCAAAUAACAAUAGCUAGGCCAUCCGUACUCUCUACUAAAAGAAUUUCCAGUUUCUGCUCAACAAAGUUUGGCGGUGAAACUCCAAAACUGUCCUGUAACAGACUUGCCAGUAGUUGUCAUGUUUCAUCCAUUCAACAUUUUUGGCGCAGUUUCACAUCUACGACUCAAAAGUUACAGAAAGUUGUCACCAAGGCAAAAUCAGAAUCUGAUGAUAGCAAGCCUGCCUCUGUGUUGCCGAUUGAUUUGAGAGGUAAAAGGGCUUUUAUAGCUGGUAUAGCUGAUGAUAAUGGAUAUGGGUGGGCUAUUGCUAAGUCCCUGGCUGCUGCAGGUGCCGAAAUUCUAGUUGGAACCUGGGUGCCAGCCUUAAACAUUUUUGAAACAAGUCUUCGACGUGGGAAGUUUGAUGAAUCACGCGUUUUGCCAGAUGGCUCUUUGAUGGAGAUUACUAAAGUAUACCCCCUCGAUGCUGUUUUUGAUAGUCUUGAGGAUGUACCUGAAGAUAUAAAAACAAAUAAGCGUUAUGCUGGUUCUUCUAAGUGGACAGUCUCGGAAGUUGCAGAGUCUGUGAAGGAGGAUUUUGGCAGCAUCGACAUUCUUGUCCAUUCACUUGCUAAUGGACCAGAGGUGACUAAACAUCUUUUGGAGACAUCAAGGAAAGGAUACCUUGCAGCAAUAUCAGCAUCAAGUUAUUCCUACGUAUCUUUGCUAAAGCAUUUCCUUCCAAUUAUGAACCCAGGUGGUUCUUCGAUUUCUCUGACCUAUAUUGCGUCUGAGAGGAUCAUUCCUGGAUAUGGAGGGGGAAUGAGUUCUGCCAAAGCAGCACUUGAGAGUGACACCAGAGUACUUGCUUUCGAGGCUGGAAGAAAACAGAAAGUUAGGGUGAACACAAUAUCUGCUGGCCCUUUACGAAGUCGAGCUGCAAAAGCAAUUGGUUUCAUAGAUAUGAUGAUUGACUACUCCAUAGCCAACGCGCCUCUCCAGAAAGAAUUAUCAGCAGAUGAAGUAGGGAAUACAGCUGCAUUCCUAGCAUCACCACUCGCUUCAGCAAUUACUGGUGCUGUUAUAUAUGUUGACAACGGUUUGAAUGCAAUGGGCGUGGGAGUCGACAGUCCUAUAUUUAAAGACCUCAACAUUCCCAAGAGCACGGAAUAGAAAAUAUCGCGUGUUAGACGAGUUUGUAUUUGUGUUUUUUUUUUUUUCACAACAUUCUUAUGGUCAGAGCCAAGAGUUCUCGGCCAUCGGCUUUCGUGAAAUUAUCUACUGCUGUAUGAUUGACACUUUUUUAGAGUAAAUAGAAGUAAUGAGUUUCCAGUUAU